GUUGUGAAUUUCUUCAUGAUGGCGGAAGAAGAAGUUGUCUCCAAAAUUACUUUAUUUGUAAAAACUGCAAAAGAUAAAAAAUCUAUAGAAAUCGAAGAAACUGCUUCCGUUAAAGAACUAAAAGAAGAGGUGGCUAAACAGUUUGAGACUUCGGCCGAACAGGUCUGUCUUAUCUUUGCUGGAAAGAUUCUCAAGGAUCAUGAAGACAUCAAAAGUCACAAUAUUAAAAAUGGGUUAACUAUUCAUUUAGUGAUCAGGACUGGAAAUAAGCAACCGGAGUCAAGUUCUUCAUCAACAGCACCACCUCCUACCAGCACUACCACCCCGCCUGGCCCUGGUGGGAUUCCAGGAUUUCUCGGAGGUCUCUCAGGACUGGGUGGUAGUCGGAACUUUAUGGAAAUGCAGCAGAAUAUACAGAGGGAACUAAUGGGCAACCCAGAGAUGAUGCGUCAGCUCUUUGACAGCCCCAUCAUCCAGACUCUUUUCUCUAAUCCAGAGACCCUGAGGGACAUGAUUAUGAAUCAUCCACAAAUGCAGCAGAUCAUGGAGAGGAACCCAGAAAUCAGCCAUAUCUUCAAUAAUCCAGAAUUGUUACGUCAUACCAUGGAGAUCAUGCGUAAUCCGGCCAUGUUGCAGGAGGUGAUGCGGAACCAGGAUAGAGCUCUUAGUAAUAUAGAGAGUGUACCCGGAGGUUACAAUGCACUCAGGCGCAUGUACACAGAACUCCAGGAGCCUAUGUACAAUGCAGCACAAGAACAAUUUGGUGCAAACCCCUUUGCUUCACUGGUCACGGACGAAAAUGUUGGAGAUGGUUCUGGACAGCGAGGGACGGAGAACAGAGAUCCACUGCCAAACCCCUGGUCAAGUGGUGGUGGUGGUGGUGGUGGCGGUACAGCUACUUCUCCAACUGCCAGUCCUGGUGUCCUUGGCAGUCCAGGAAUGCAAAGCUUGUUCCGCCAACUGAGUGAGAAUCCAUCCCUCAUGUCAAACGUAAAUAUGCCCCUCAUGCAGAGCAUGAUGCAGAACUUUGCAGCCAACCCAGAGUUCACAAACAGGAUGAUUUCGAUGAAUCCUUUGCUUGCAGACAACCCGGCUCUCCAGCAACAGAUCCGUAGCAUGAUGCCACAGAUGAUGUCCCAGUUGCAAAAUCCUGAAUACCAGAACUUGUUCAGCAAUCCGGCUGCCCUCCAGGCUAUGAUGCAGAUCCAACAAGGUCUCUCACAGCUCCAGCAGGUGGCCCCCAAUGUAUUUACUGGACUUGGUGCUCCUACUACUACAACAGCAUCAUCAACUACAGCAACAGGUACCGCUACCACCACCACAACUUCUCCUACGACAACUACGUCACCCACGAGUGGAUCUGGUACUAGAGGCUCAGAUGCUUUCACCCAGCUCAUGGCCAACAUGCUCUCUACCAUGGCUAUUAGUGAACAGACACAGCAGCAACAGCAACAUCAACCUCCUGAGGAGCGCUAUCGUUCUCAACUGGAGCAACUUGCCAGCAUGGGAUUUGUGAAUAGAGAAGCUAAUUUACAAGCUUUAAUUGUGACUUUUGGAGAUGUGAACGCAGCAGUGGAAAGACUCUUGCAGUCUCAUGAGUACAACCCAGCAUAAAAAGAAGAAACCCUCGUCAGAUAUCAUGAUCAUCCUCCCCGUUUCCGAUGUCCGGAGUGAUGUCAUGUCGAACUCUCACUCUGGCAAAUUUUCAGACUUGAAUAAUAUUCUUACAAGAAAAAUACAAAAAAAAAUCCUAUGUUAUUUUUCUCCUUGCAUAUUGCUUUUUUCAGGGUGUCUGCAGGUCACGAAAGAUUUAAAUUGUAUAUAAUUUCAAUUAAAUUUUGCAUCUUAGAAAUGA